CAGCAGCAGCAGCAGCAGCAGCAGCAGCAGCAGCAGCAGCAGCAGCAGCAGCAGCAGCAGCAGCAGCAGCAGCAGCAGCAGCAGCAGCAGCAGCAGCAGCAGCAGCAGCAGCAGCAGCAGCAGCAGCAGCAGCAGCAGCAGCAGCAGCAGCAGCAGCAGCAGCAGCAGCAGCAGCAGCAGCAGCAGCAGCAGCAGCAGCAGCAGCAGCAGCAGCAGCAGCAGCAGCACAGCAGCAGCAGCAGCAUGCAGCAGCAGCAGCAGCAGCAGCAGCAGCAGCAGCAGCAGCAGCAGCAGCAGCAGCAGCAGCAGCAGCAGCAGCAGCAGCAGCAGCAGCAGCAGCAGCAGCAGCAGCAGCAGCAGCAGCAGCAGCAGCAGCAGCAGCAGCAGCAGCAGCAGCAGCAGCAGCAGCAGCAGCAGCAGCAGCAGCAGCAGCAGCAGCAGCAGCAGCAGCAGCAGCAGCAGCAGCAGCAGCAGCAGCAGCAGCAGCAGCAGCAGCAGCAGCAGCAGCAGCAGCAGUUGUUGCAGCAGCAGCCAGCAGCAGCAGCAGCAGCAGCAGCAGCACAGCAGCAGCAGCAGCAGCAGCAGCAGCAGCAGCAGCAGCAGCAGCAGCAGCAGCAGCAGCAGCAGCAGCAGCAGCAGCAGCAGCAGCAGCAGCAGCAGCAGCAGCAGCAGCAGCAGCAGCAGCAGCAGCAGCAGCAGCAGCAGCAGCAGCAGCAGCAGCAGCAGCAGCAGCAGCAGCAGCAGCAGCAGCAGCAGCAGCAGCAGCAGCAGCAGCAGCAGCAGCAGCAGCAGCAGCAGCAGCAGCAGCAGCAGCAGCAGCAGCAGCAGCAGCAGCAGCAGCAGCAGCAGCAGCAGCAGCAG